CUGACUAGAGCUGAGCUACACGACAGGCGGAGCUCUCAUGCGUCGGCAGUGAGUACUCCAACUCACCAACUGUAGCACUAGCUCGCAUCACGUACUCGCACGAUGCAGUACGUAGAAAGAAUAAAUGACCUACUUCAUUCAUGGCAACAGCAUAUGCUCCCGCUCCCCCGCACUCCACACCGCCCCACCGCCCGAUCCGCUCGAUCACGAACCGCCUGUCUGCACGACGCAUACGCAUGCAUGCGCGCGCAGUGUCACCGUUCCGCCGGUCCCGCAGGUGUGCGAUUCGAACUCCCGCGCGCUGCGCCCCCCACCGCCAUGCGCCGUGCCCGCGGAUAAACUAGCGAGGGGUCGCGCACGUCGCGGCGCCGUACGCGCGCGUGUAUCUGGUUUGCUGGGCGAGUGGGCGCGCACUGGUCCCGUGCAUGCAGAGCGAGCGGGCGCAGGCGAGGCGAACCCGAUGGUGUUAAUUAGUCUCGAGGCCUCGAGCUGCCGCUAGUCGCCUGCGAACCCGGCAGCGGCAGGGGGCAUAUGCAGGAGGCGGCCGGGCGCGUCACGCUCACGCAGGGGGCCCGUCAUUGAAUCCAUGUGAUCCGUGCCGGGGAUCAUGUGAAGCACAAUCAAAGACGCGCGCUGCCGCCGCUGCGUCGCUCAUCAAUGGCUGCACACACAUAUACUCGAUCGCGUUCGUUCGUGUGUAUAUAUAUAUGCGUGUGUUCUUGCGUCCUCCUCUGAUUCCUUCGAGCCUUCAGCUUGCAUGCCCUUUGUGCGUAGCUGUGCUAGCUAGCUCGAUCUUCUGCUUGAGAAGCCGAGAUGAGGAGGCACGCUACUCUUGCUGACGCCCGAGGUCACCACCGCAUCCUUCUCAUACUCGCAGUCGUCCUGCUUCUUGCUGCCACCGGCGAUGGCAUCAGAUCGCCCCCCUUUUCCACAGAUGAUGUAGUAACACCGGUGCAUGGUGCACAAGACGAAAAGAUCAGCGCUACUGCGACACUUGUGAUCUCACCACAGCAGGCCACAGCUGGGGACAACGUCGGCCGCGGCGUCCUGCAGGAGGAGGUGCGCGCGACGGGGUCGAGCCUGCCGGACUGCUCGCACGCGUGCGGCGCCUGCUCGCCGUGCAACCGCGUCAUGGUGAGCUUCAAGUGCUCCAUCGCGGAGCCGUGCCCGAUGGUGUACCGCUGCAUGUGCAAGGGCAAGUGCUACCCUGUGCCCUCCAGCUAGCUACCUCGAUCAAUCUCAUGAGAGACACCAACGAGCAGUGUCGUGCGAUGCAUUUCAGCUGAUACCUCGAUCGCUUGCAUGCAAAGCCGUGACGCUGGUGUUAUUUACGAGCUAGCUAGGCUACGUGUUUGUAAAUUAAGAGUCGUCGUCGUCGUCGUUAAUUAGCUAGCUUAGCUAGUACUUAUGUGUACUGCAGAAGUGCAGGGUUCAUUAGCUAGAGAAUUUUGGGAUGUCAGGUCAGAUUUUUUUUUCUUUUUCAGUAGGAAUGUAUCGGAGACGCGCGCGCUCUAACAAAAGCUGUGUGCUUCUAGAUUGAUUUAGUAAGAGUUCCUUUUUCUUCUACGCAUGUAUUGCACGGAUAAAUCAGCUUUCGAAGGAUUGUUCAGGUUAAGUUAUAAGCCUGCAAUUUUAUUUUACUUUCAAUCAGCAUCUCAAUUUGUUCAAGGGUCACUUUCUUCGUACGAAUUGAAUUAGGGAUUGAGAUGCCACCCUCUUCCUAUAAAAUUGGAGAUCGCCAAGUAAAAAUGCAUCGUGUUUUUUUUUUCUUUUCCGGGCAGCUGAAGAAGGAUCGAUCAAAUUUCAUUUUAGAUAAGAAGCUUUGUGAAUUUCGAUAAGAAACUGUCAAGCUGAAAAGAAUAUCCUAGGUGGUUCAUACCUUGAAUCGUGGAUAGACUCCAUAUGUAUUUUUGGGACAGAUGGUGUACGAACAAAAGCACAAGCUUCCAAAAAAAAUUACACUCCUAUAAUUCCUUGCGCCCUUUGUUGUUGAAUAAUCUUUCAGCACAUGCAUGCAUGUUGAAGACAUGAAGAAACUGAUCGACCAAUCAGCUAAGCUUGACUCCGACUCCAGCGAAAGACAGUCCACAAAACUAAACUAACGCUCCAACAUCUUUCGUUAAGCCCACCAAAAAACCAGUAACGCCCACGCUUGCCG